AUGUCUUAUUCGGACGAUCGUAAAGAAGAUAGUAAAAGAUGGAGCGGCAAUGGUAGUAGUGGUAGUAGUGCUGAUAAAUUUUCCGCAAGACUUUAUGUAGGACGUCUUUCUAGAUCCGUUACGGAACGUGACAUCGACGAGGCUUUUGGAAAGUAUGGAAGAAUUCGCGAAGUUGAUGCAAGAGGAGUCGAUGGUGUCAACGGUGUAUCGCCGACGCAGCAGACUCAAGUUUUAACACAGUAUCAAUUCAGGGCGUUGGACGGUGGUCGCAUUCAAGGAAAUGAUGAUAGAAUAUUAGUGGAAUUUGCAAGAGCUCGUGAAAGUCGUCAUGGAAGUGGUCGUAGUUAUGAUGGACGACCACCAGAAAGAUGUUUUAAUUGUGGGCAAAUUGAAAAAAUAGGCAAGUAA